AUGGUGACUUAAAAUCAUGAGGUUUUAUUUACUUAUAGACUGCAUCAAAUUAGUAUAUAAGAUCCCCAAUUCCAAUUGAUAUAGUUUCAUCGUAUAAUGAAUCGAAAUGUCGAGUAUGAAGAAUAAAGAAGAAGCUAUUCCAAUACAUGCUUCAAUUAUAAUCGGAAUUCCUAUUUCAUAGUUUUGCAUUAACCAAAAUUUUAUAAAUUUCAAAGAAAUAUAAUGAAAUUAUUUCAGCCUGAGUUACCUUAAUGCGAUUUAUAAACUUUUGUAUAUUGA